CCAACCUUACGCGAUCUCCAUUUUGUGAAAGCUGCCGAGGCCGAGCCGUGUGUCGUCCCCAAGAACCCCAGAAGACACGAACAAAAGAGUCUAAAGCAGCCGACGGACCGCUAGCUGACCAAGUUAUUAUCCGAAAGGAAAGCAAAUCUUAUCGUAUGUCCGCUAUCCAGAACCUCCAAACUUUUGACCCCUUUGCUGAUGCAACUAAGGGUGAUGACCGCCUCCCAGCCGGGACAGAGGACUACAUCCACAUAAGAAUCCAACAGCGGAACGGGAGGAAGACCCUCACCACUGUCCAGGGCAUCUCCGCCGACUAUGACAAGAAGAAGCUAGUCAAGGCCUUCAAGAAGAAAUUUGCCUGCAAUGGGACAGUGAUUGAGCACCCAGAGUAUGGUGAAGUGAUCCAGCUUCAGGGAGACCAGCGCAAGAAUAUCUGCCAGUUCCUCAUUGAGAUCGACUUGGCCAAGGAGGAGCAGCUCAAAGUCCACGGCUUCUAGGAGCUGCUCUCGACCCACCCCCCUCUCCUCAAAGGCCAUUAAACUCCCCACCCUCCUCCAUCUCUACCCCCUCCUAUGUGCUGCUGUUGCUCUUCCUCCCCCCUCCCCUCUUUGCAAUCCCACCAGCUCCUGUUAGCUAACACGUGAAUUACCUCUGAAACAAACAUGGGACUCUGUAACACCACCGCCCCCCUACAACACCAGGGGGCAGGCUCGCUCUCACAAAGACACACCACUGCAGCUCCACACAACAUCAGGGAUGAGUGGUGAUGACCCUCCCCCACACUUCCACCUCCUCGUCCCUUUUGUUUAUUUCCUUUUAAAAUUUUUCUUUUUAGGUCUCGUGCCACAGUACGGAGGCACAGUCUCAUGUAACGUUUUUGUUUUGUACUCUUAAGGUGUUUCAAUAAAACGAUGAGUCUCCAUA